UACUGUAUUUUAUCAUUUUUAUAAUUAAUUUUAUCUUUUACAUUCGAAAUGUGUGGUUAGUUUUAUUAAUAACUAAGUAGUUUAGUGAAUUGUGAACCAUCUGAAUCCAUUAAACAAAUUAUUUCUUACGUCAGAAUGGUAAUUCAUUCUGAAACUGCAAAGCGCGAACACUCAGAAAAUGAAGAUGACAAAAGAUUGAAUUCCUCUGAUCGUGAAAAGGAUCACAAACGAUUAAAAUCAGAUAAAGAUGAUGCACGAGACUCGCACAGGUCUGACCGUAGAAGAAAUAGGUCUCCAAAUGAAAGUAGAUAUCACAGAAGAGAUAGAUCACAAGAUAGAGAUCAUAGGAGAGACAGGUCAUCAAAAGUAAGAAGAAGUAGAUCACCCGGUGACAAAAGAAAACGAUCACCUAAUAAUAAUAGAAAUAAAUCUCCAAAUGAAAACAGAAAUAAAUUAUCUGAUAAGAACAAAGGCAACAGAAGCAAUUCGUCUGAUGAUAAUAGAAGCAAAAGAAGAGAUGAAUCAACAGAUCAAGAUCAAGAAAAUCAAGACAGGAAAAGGAAUUAUAGUGAAAAUAAAGAAAGAAGUAGGAAUGAAGCGCUAGAUGAAGAUCCAGACAAAAAAAAUAAUGAUUCACCUAGCAGAAAUAAGCAGCAUAAAUCACCUCCCAGAAGAAGGAGGUCAAGAUCACAGGAUCGAAGGCGACGAUCACCAAGAUCUCCUAAAUCCUCUUAUUCAAGAAAUCAUAGAUCGAGAGAUAGUUCUCAAGAUCCACCUCAAAGUAGAUAUUGGGACAUGAAGAAAGGGGAUGAUGCCAAAGAAAAAAGCCAAUAUUGGAACAAAUAUCCUAGAGAUGAAAAUGUGGGAAAACGUUAUUAUGGGGAAAAUACAACAGACAAUAAGAAAGAUGAUCAAAAUGAGCCUGAAGCAGAAAAAAAAACAAAAAAGAAAAAUAUGGAUCUACUCACAACAAGAACUGGUGGUGCUUAUAUACCUCCGGCAAGGCUAAGAAUGAUGCAAGAAGAAAUUACUGAUAAGUCAUCAAUUGCAUAUCAGCGUAUUUCUUGGGAGGCUUUAAAAAAAUCUAUUCAUGGAUUUAUCAAUAAAGUCAAUACAGGCAAUAUUGCAAUAAUUACUAGAGAAAUGUUUAAAGAAAAUAUCAUCAGGGCUCGAGGUUUGUUAUGCAGGUCUUUGAUGCAAGCACAGGCUGCUUCUCCAACAUUUACAAAUGUAUAUGCAGCCUUAGUAUCCGUUAUCAAUUGUAAAUUUCCAUCAAUUGGAGAACUGUUAUUGAAGAGACUUAUAAAACAAUUCAAGAAUAGUUUCAGAAGGAAUAAUAAACCGAAUUGCAUUUCUUCUGUAACUUUUAUAGCUCAUUUAGUUAAUCAAAAAGUAGCUCAUGAAAUUAUUGGUUUGGAAAUUUUGAGCUUGUUGAUUGAAUCAUCGACAAAUGAUUCAAUUGAAGUGGCAAUUGAAUUUUUGAAACAAUCCGGACAAAAAUUGACCGAGGUAUCUUCAAAAGGAUUGAAUGCUAUAUUUGAUUUGUUAAGAAAUAUUCUUCACGAAGGUCAUUUGGAGAAAAGAGUACAAUACAUGAUAGAAGUAAUGUUUCAAAUGCGUAAGGAUGGUUUCAAAGAUAAUCCUGCUAUAAUUGAGGAGUUGGAACUAGUAGAAGAUGAAGAUCAAAUUACUCAUCUUCUAACUCUAGAUGAGGUAAUGGAUUCACAGGACAUCUUGAAUGUUUUUAAAGCUGAUCCAGAAUUUGAAGAAAAUGAGGCAAAGUAUAAAAGUCUUAUGAAGGAAAUAUUGGACAGUGAUGCAGAUGAUGAGGAUUCAGAUGGCUCAGAUGAUGGAAGUGAUUCUUCUUCUUCUGAAGGUGAAGAAAAUGAAGAGAAAUCUCAAACAAUUGUUGACAAUACAGAGACAAAUCUUGUUGCACUUCGUAGAACUAUAUACCUGACUAUACAUUCUAGUUUAGAUUAUGAGGAAUGUGCUCAUAAAUUGAUGAAAAUGCAAUUGAAGAAAAAUCAAGAACCUGAAUUAUGUCACAUGUUUUUAGAUUGUUGUGCAGAACAGAGAACUUAUGAAAAAUUUUAUGGACUUUUAGCACAGAGAUUUUGUAUGCUGAAUAAAAUUUAUGUCACUCUGUUCGAGCAAAUAUUUGCUGAUACUUAUGGAACUACACAUCGUUUGGAUACAAAUCGUCUGAGAAAUGUUGGUAAAUUUUUUGCACAUUUAUUAUUCACUGAUGCAAUUAGUUGGGAAGUAUUAGAGGCAGUAAAACUGAAUGAAGAUGACACCACAAGCUCUAGCAGGAUAUUUAUAAAAAUUUUAUUUCAAGAGCUGGUAGAAUAUUUGGGUUUGGCAAAACUGAAUGAAAGACUGAAAGAUAUAACUCUACAAGAAGCAUUUGCUGGACUAUUUCCAAGAAAUAAUCCACGAGAUACUAGAUUUGCCAUAAAUUUCUUCACUUCUAUUGGAUUAGGAGGUUUAACUGAUGAUCUUCGAGAGCAUUUGAAAGUUCUAUCAAAGGCGCCGCCUCCUCAAGUACCUACAUUGCAUCAUAAGUCUUCUUCAUCAAGUUCAGAUAGUUCAAGUUCCUCCAGUUCAUCGAGUUCGAGUUCGAGUAGUGAUUCUGAUAGUAGUACAAGUUCAAGCACUUCUUCUAGCUCUGCAUCAGGAAGUAAAAGAGAAAAGUCCAAAAAGCAUUCUAAAAGCAAAAAAAGUAAAGACAAAUCAAAAUCAAGGAAACAUAAGAAAGAAAGAGAGGCUUCUAGUUCAGCAAAAGAAUCAAGUAAAAAGCAUUCAAAAAAAUCUAAGAAGAGGAAAGAAUAUGAGGAGGAGGGAUAUGAAAAAGAGCAUGAAAGUAAUGCAGAAAAAUCUCAUGAUCAUCAUCAUCAUCGACACCAUCAUCAUCACAGGUCGAGACAUGAAAGAACACAUGAAAAAGAAUGAAUGAUUGUUAUAUUGUUUAAUAAGAAAUAUGUUUGUACAUUUUACAAAUAAAAAAUAAUUAAGUUUAAAAUUGAUUUCAGUCAAAUGUUAUACUUUAUGUAUAUAUAUAGAUAAAAUGGAGUGAUGAAGCAACAAAUAAAGCAGAACUCAAAGAAUAGUAUUGUGGAAACAGAUAUAAUGGAUAUGAUUGUCGAAAUAGAGCUCUGCAUAACAUCAAUGUAAGGAAAAUAAAACUGAAUGUACAAGAAUGAAGGAGCUGAUGAUAGAAGCAUUUCUUCUUACAUCAUGCAAGAAGAGA